AUGUGGUCUGGCAAGAAGGCUGAUGGCAACAAUGCCAGCACUCCUACUGCUGAGGAGGAGAUUAAGGUGGUGCUGGUAGGAGACACGCAGUGUGGGAAGACCUCGCUCGUGCAGAGAUUCGUCUCUGACACAUUUAUUGAGGCAUACACACCAACAGGCUUUGAAAAAUAUGGCUGUACUUGUACUGUAGCUGAUUAUAGAGUCACUUUCUCCGUGUGGGACACGUCAGGUACUACGGCCUAUGACACAGUGAGACCGCUCGCGUACCAAGACGCGCGAAUUUUUAUGCUGUGCUUUAAUAUUGCUGAGCCUGAAUCUUUACACAAUGCCGCUGCCAAGUGGUACAGAGAAGUUAGGACUCACGGCGGCUCAGCGCCAGUGCUCCUCUGCGGCUGCAAGGCUGACCUCAGACAUGACAAGGAAACCCUCACCAUGCUGUCUAAGCUUCGGACACACCCGGUUACUAGUGAAGAGGCCUUAUCGGUAGCUAGACAGCUCGGAGCGAUGACUUACGUGGAGACGUCAGCACGAGCUUCAACUAAAGGCGUAAAGGAUGCUUUUGAAGUAGCAGCGUUGGCAGCACUGGGGAAAUUGAACAAGCAACAGAUGAAGCAACAGAAACAGGUAGGCCGCAGCAAAAGCAAGCGCGAUCUUAAGGCUGAGCUGAAAGGGAGAGCGAAGAGUUGCUGCGUCAUGUGA